AGCUGCCUCGCUGGCCUUUGUCAGGACUAUAUUCCCUUCACUAGCUGUCAUCUGGGUAAUUUUUGCUACCGCUCGAAUUGCGGUGCUUCUCUUUUGAUUCCGCCAUGAACCCAUCCAUUCCACCUUCGACUGCUGAAUACGGUGGAGAUGAGGUUUCGGCUAUAGUACUUGAUCCUGGGUUUUCGACAACGCGCGCCGGCUUUGCAGGCGAAGACACGCCAAAAUCCCUGAUUCCAACAUACUAUGGAAAAUACACCUCCAACGGACAAGAAAGGCUGAUUUUCAGUGAUGACGUCUUUGUUACCCCGCGACCUAGCUUGUCCGUCCAUAACCCAAUGGGCCGAGAUGGAAUUGUGGAGGAUUGGGACAUGGCAGAGAAAGUGUGGGAGUAUUCUUUUACAUCGCGACUCACAGGUCCUAGGCCGGGAAAUCCAUUCCAAAAUGGUUUGAAUGAUAUUGCCGAUGGAGAGCUUCCCACAGAGAUGGAGGGGGUGGAAGCUGAGGAGAAGCCUCUCGCAGACAGUCCGCUCUUGAUGUCAGAGUGUGGCUGGAACCCUACAAAAGCCCGUGAAAAGACCAUCGAGAUCGCUAUGGAAAAAUGGGGAACGCCGGCUUUCUAUUUGGCAAGAAACGGCGUUCUGGCAGCCUUCGCAGCCGGGAAAGCUUCUGCCCUUGUUGUUGAUGUCGGUGCUUCCAAUAUCUCCAUAACCCCAGUGCACGAUGGAAUGAUUUUAAAACGUGGGGUUCAGCAUUCCCCCCUAGGCGGCGACUACAUCUCAUCGCAAAUCCGCGCUCUGUUUAAGACAAACACACCGCAACCUAUUACCAUCACCCCUCACUACCUGAUUUCCUCAAAAACUGCUGUCGAUGCAGGUCAACCCUCGCAGGCAAAGUACAAGACUUUCCCACCUGAAAAGGCACCGGACGGUUCGUACCGUACCCUGCUCGAAGAGCGAACCCUUUCCGAGUUCAAAGAGUGCGUGGUCCAGGUGUGGCCUGGACCCAACAAGCUCUCCGCAACGGGUCCGAACGGGGUCUCAAACGAGGAAGUCGCUAAAAGCAAUCCUGGACGGCCAUUCGAGUUCCCAGACGGUUACAACCAAGUAUUCGGUCUUGAUCGCUAUAGAGUGGUGGAGUCCUUGUUUGAUGCAAAAGCUGCGAUCCCAGACCCGGAGUCGCCAUUCCCGGCUCCAACACAGGCUCAGACUGUGCCUGAGUUGAUCAAAAAUGCACUCAACGGGGUUGACGUUGACAUUCGCCCACAUUUAUUAGCUAAUGUCGUCGUAACGGGUGCAUCCAGUUUACUUCAUGGUUUCACCGACCGCCUCAACCAAGAACUUAUGCAGACUUACCCGGGACCGCGGGUCAGGAUCUCCGCGCCAGGAAACACGGCCGAGCGAAAAUUCGGGUCUUGGAUUGGCGGAAGUAUCCUUGCUAGCUUGGGGACCUUCCAUCAAAUGUGGAUUUCGAAGAAGGAAUACGAAGAACAUGGCUCGACUAUCGUCGAGAAGCGCUGCAAGUAAUAUUCUGCUUCUCC